UCUCUUUAUAUCUAUACCUUACUCCUUACACAGUUGCACCAACCACCACUCUCAUCCUUUAAAUUACCUCACUCACAUAGUCACACACUAUAUAUUCACAUAUACAUACAUGCGCAUAACUAUAGAUACAUAUUCUAAGAUAAAUUAACCAUGGGAAGCAUUACUUCUGGUGUACAAUUGAACCAAGCAGUUUUAAUCACCCCUUCAGAUCCAACUCCUAACCAUAUUCUCAAACUUUCCUCUAUUGAUUCCCAAUUAUUCUUACGUUUCACAAUCGAAUAUCUACUUAUUUACCGUCCGUUGCAAUAUAACGGGGUAAUAAGUAGAGAAGCCUUCACCAGUCGUGUGAAGGCUUCAUUGGGUCGAGCCUUGGUUCCCUACUACCCGUUAGCAGGCAGAGUCAAGGCUCGACAAGACAAUUCUUGUCUCGAAGUUGUCUGUCGUGGCCAAGGUGCAGCUUUUGUCGAAGCAACAGCUAGUAAUUUUUGUGUUUCAGAUUUCGAAAAAGCCCCACGUUAUGUCUCUGAAUGGCGAAGCCUUUUAGCAUUGGAAGUCACGGAUGUCCUUAAAGGGGCCCCACCUUUGGUUGUACAGCUGACGUGGCUAUCUGAUGGUGCUGCAGCUCUUUGUGUUGGGUUUAGCCAUUGUGUAUGUGACGGUAUUGGCAGUUUAGAAUUUUUAAACUUGUUUUCAAAAUUCGCAAUUGGGGCUGACAAGGAUUAUAAACCCAAACCCGCCGUUUGGCAAAGACAGCUUCUCGAUUCGACAUCGUUUAAGCAACAACAUAUUAUUAGUGAAAUGUUACACCCCGAGUUUAAUGUUGUUAAGGAUCAUUGCAAGUUUAUGUCUAUGUUUAGUCCUGACAAGCUCACUCCCACCUCGGUUAUUUUCCAGGAACAGAAAAUAACCGAGUUGAAAAAUAAAGCAACUCGUACGAGUCAACUCGGACUAACAUCAUCAUUAACAUCUUUUGAGGUAUUGUCGGCCCAUAUUUGGAGAAGUUGGGCCAAGGCACUAAACUUCCCACCGAGUCAAAUACUAAAGUUACUUUUUAGUAUUAAUGUUCGUAACCGAGUCAAACCGAGUCUACCGAGUGGGUACUACGGUAACGCCAUAGUACUCGGUUGCGCUCAGACAACUGCAAAAGAAUUGAUCGACAAUGGUCUAGCCUACGCGACCGAGUUAAUAAAAGAAGCGAAAAACCGAGUGAAUGACAAGUAUGUGAAAGAGGUGGUCAGCUCAGUGAAUCUAAACGGACCGAGUUGUGUGCCUGACCAGGUUGGGGUACUAAUAUUAUCACAAUGGUCAAAGCUGGGUUUAGAUAGAGUUGACUUUGGAUUAGGAAGGCCAGUUCAGGUGGGGCCGGUUUGUACCGAUAGAUAUUGUAUAUUGCUACCUGUAAAAGAUCACGGCCGUUCGAUUAAGGUGAUGCUAGCUGUGCCGUCCGAUGCCGUUGACAAAUAUUUUGAUUUGCUUAAAGCCGCGCAUUAACACUAUUGACUUUUUGAUAAUUAGUUACACUAUAAUCAUUUAUAUAUGUUUUUUAGUUUGUUAAGUAGUUUAUCGUUUGAUUCUAAUUCUUGUCAACGUGCUUUUUUUAGAAAUUCCUUUUUUCUGUUUGAGUAAAA